GUGUCGUCACUUCCUGCCCACCCGAAGACGGUGCGGGAAUCUUUGCAAGCUAAGUAGCUUUCCAGCUGCUAAUGCUCCCUGUCAGUCAUUUGCUAAUUUUAACCGUACAAUGUCGUAUAUGAAAUGAACAGAGCAAGCGAAACUCUGCCUGAAACGUUGGAAUAGCAUUAAUUUAAAAUAUAUAUUAUUUAUAAUUAGCUGUGCGCGAGACUCUGCGUUGGUUAGCUACCCGCUAGCAGCAUCUUUCAGUUUUAUCACUAUGGCCAGUGCGACCAAUACAAACAUGAACGCAGUCCGGGAAACAAUGGAUGUCCUGCUUGAGAUCUCAAGGUUGCUGAACACCGGCUUGGACAUGGAGUCCCUGUCGAUCUGUGUGAGACUAUGUGAACAGGGCAUUAACCCAGAGGCCCUAUCUGCAGUCAUCAAGGAGCUGCGUAAGGCUUCAGAGACCCUCAAGGUGUCGGAGAACUGCACAAACUGAGGAUGAACAUAAAGAUCUCCUGACCUAGCAGCAGGCAUCAUGGACUAUUCCUGAGUCUGUAUCAACUGAAGGCCAUCCAGCUCAGUCCCAUUCGGUUUGACACGUCUUCUCUUCCUGCUCAGUGACUAAUUUGCUGUCCGACUCGGCCCUUUUACGUUUGAGAUUAAAUAUUUUUUUAAAAGGUAGCAACAUCUGCCUGCUGUGUUACUGCAUCACUGUUGAAGCGAGAUCAUUCGUCUCUCAAACAACUUGUGAUGCGUGAGUUUAAGGUGGCAGCAACAUCCAGUGCGAACUGAAGAGAGAAAUUCUAUUUCCCAUUAACUUAUGUUGCAUUUUUCUUCCGCAAAUUUGUACCUGGAGUUUUCCGAUAUGUAUGAAUUUUCAUGUAUUGUUAAACGUUUCACUUUUGUAUUUUUUCAAUUAAAGAGUUUCCUUUUGACAUUUCCAACCAUUCAUGUGCUGCCUAUGAAUAUGAUAAUAAAAUGAAAGGAAUAAUAUUUGUGA